GGGAUUUAUUCCAGCAGGUGGCUUCCAAAGUCCAACCUGCUAGGUUGAAAUCUGAUACUGACAGAGACUCCCUGGGAGCUGCUACGGAAAGCUGAACCAGGAACCAGGAAAUGCAUAAGCCUCUUUAUGUAGAAAAACAGCUGGGCUCGCUCGGAGACUCUCCGCCAUGGGAAACGGGCUCUGCUGCCGGGGAAGCUGGAGCUGCCCAUCAGCUUUCCGGAAGAAAAAAAAAACAGGGAGCCAAGCAAGACGAACAGUGAAGCCACAGCAACAGCUGCAGCAGAGUGACACAAAGGGCCAUGAAACAACAGGACAUACGUAUGAGCGGGUGUUACAGCAGCCUGAGUCUCGAGAGAGGAGUCAAGGCCCGGUGUCAGAGGAGAGCAACUUACAUUACGCAGAUAUUCAAGUGUGCAGCCGUCAAUCAGCCCAUGAGCUAAAACACCUGCAUUUAGAAAAUGCUACAGAGUAUGCGACCCUUUGCUUCCCCCAGGCCAUACCUCGCUAUGACAGAAAGAAUGGGACCCUGGUGUGAACCUUGGAGAGGAGGGACCAGUUUCCAUCAUUUAUCACUACUCCUGUGGGGAGAAUCUACUGCUUUAAGGAAUUGGGUGGCAGCCCAGGGAUGUUGACCACGUUUUAAGCUUAAAGAACUCCACAGCCCCUGGAAUUGUGGGUGUCCCCCGUCUUUCCUCUAGGCCUCUUAUUUGCCACCGUUAGCCAGGGGUUGUAGUUGGGUUCACGGUGGGUGGAUGGAGUUCCACAAAAUGAGGAGGUUAAGUCGAUCGUGCAAGAAGGUAGGUCUUUGACUCCUAACAUUGCUCCUGCUCUCAUGAAAAGUGCAGAAAGAACAGGUUACUGUAUAAGUACUCGAGCUGAUCUUGUUGGACUUUAUUUAAUGGUGUCCCUUUUGUACACCUUAAACUCUAAAGCUCAAGAGGAGAUGCUCUGGAGAAGCAUUAUGAAUUUCUGCAUCCAGCCCCCAGGGCUGCUUUGGGCAGUUUCCUCAUUAACUGGGUCAAGGGUUCCAGAUCUAAACAGACAAAUGGGGGAAGGGGCUGAGGCACAGAGCAAGCGUUCUCCAACCAUUGGCUACAAGGUCUUCAAGUCACUGAGACUGACAGCACAGUGAGGCGCAGAAACUCCCCCUGGCCGGACUGUUGGCUCUUGCGAGAGCGGAGCCGCUAGGAUCAAUAAAUCGCAGGAGGAACA